AUGACCCAGGCUGAAAAAGAGCAGGACAACGGGAAGGAGAAAGAAAAAGAACGAGACAAGGAGAAAGAGAAGGAGCAACAACGCGGGGUAAAGAGACCCAUCGCCCCUCCGGCCAUCCCAGAGCCUCUUCAGGAGCAAAUACAAAGCAAUUUUGUAGUUGUCAUCCACCCUGGUUCAAGGACACUCCGCAUUGGCCGAGCAACAGACACUCUACCGCUGACAAUCCCACAUGUGAUAGCACGCAGACACAAGCAGAGUGGACAGCCAAGAUAUGAAGACGCCUGGCUGUUGAGAGACGGUCUAAAUAAACCAGAGAGUAACGAGCAGAGGCAGAAUGGGCUUAAAAUGGUCGACCAAGCCAUCUGGUCCAAGAAAAUGUCAAACGGAGUGCGGAGGACACCCGUGUCCGCUGAACAGGCCAGAGCUUAUAACUGUCAGAUCCGUCCGGCAGUACUAGACAGCAGUUCCCGGGUGAAGUGGACCAACACGGCCCUCCAUCCUCCACAUCUGGUGGGAGAGGAGGCUCUUCAUGUGAAUCCAUCUGACUGUUACAACAUCCACUGGCCUAUAGUCAGAGGGCAACUCAAUCUGCACGCCGGUCCCGGAGGCUCACUGACUGCCGUCCUGGCUGACCUCGAGACGAUCUGGAGUCAUAUCAUCCAAAAGCAACUGGAUAUCCCCCUCAAAGACUUAAAGUAUUACAGAUGCAUCCUAUUGGUCCCCGACAUCUACAACAGGCAGCACAUCAAAGAAGUAGUCAACAUGCUACUGCUUAAUAUGGGCUUCUCAGCAAUCAUUGUGCACCAGGAGUCCGUGUGUGCUACAUUUGGCAGUGGCAUGAGCAGUGCUUGUGUCGUGGAUGUAGGAGAUCAGAAGACCAGUCUUUGCUGUGUAGAGGAUGGCGUGUCCCACCGGAACUCCAGGCUGUGUUUAGCAUAUGGUGGCUCAGACGUGACCCGCACUUUCUUCUGGCUCCUGCAGAGGGCAGCCUUUCCCUAUAGAGACUGUCAGCUGUCCAGCAGACUGGACUGUCAGCUCCUGCAGCAUCUGAAAGAGACCUUCUGCCAUCUAGACCAGGACAUAUCAGGGCUACAAGAUCAUGAAUUCCAGACACGUUUCCCAGAAGCCCCAGCUCUUCUCUACCAGGUUCGACUAGGGGAUGAGAAAUUGCAGGCACCCAUGGGUCUUUUCUACCCGACGACUUUUGGCAUCGUAGGUCAGAAGAUGACGUCACUUCAGUACCGUUCCCAAGGCGACUCAGAGGAUCCUCAUGAUGAACACUACCUGCUGGCCACACAGAGCAAACAGGACCAGUCCUCCAAAUCUGCUGAGAACCGGAAGGCUAUCUCCAGAACAGGUGGAGGUUUGGAUGGUGAGAUGAGCGGUCAGGGAGGGAUCGGGGAGCUCUCUGACCUGCCCAGGGGCUGUGGGAGUGGAGGAAGUGGAGGAGGGACGAAGGGGGAGAUAGAAUUUGGGCCUGCCCAGGGGGAGUGCAUGAUGGGGGCAGGAGAGGUGGAAGAACCCCUGUCUGCUCACCUCUCCAGGAAGACUGCUAUCAUGAGCCAGUUUGAGAGCAAAGCACUGGGCCUGGAUAAGGCCAUCCUGCAUAGCAUCGACUGCUGUGGAUCAGAUGAAACCAAACGCAAGAUGUACAGCUCCAUCCUGGUAGUGGGAGGAGGCCUCAUGUUUCAUGGUGCCCAGGAGUUUCUCCUUCACCGCAUCAUCAACAAGAUGCCGCCAUCAUUCAGACGGCUGGUAGACAACGUGGAAGUUAUCACACGGCCAAAGGACAUGGACCCUCGGUUGAUAUCGUGGAAGGGGGGGGCAGUCCUGGCAUGUCUGGACACCACUCAGGAGAUGUGGAUCCACCAGAGGGAGUGGCAGCGCUUCGGCGUCCGAAUGCUUCGCGAGAGAGCUGCCUUUGUUUGGUGAAGGAGCCAAACUGAUUUCACUUGAAACGAACACCGUGGUGUCUACACAGGAGGUGUAUCAUGAGCAUGUGAGCAGAACAGCAGCAGCUUCAGUGCUCCACCUGUGUCUACACAGGACAUGUCAAGCACAAUAUUGUGUAGGUCAGCUGCCUGUCCGCACUGUAGUUGGGAAAAAUUAAGAAAAGUAAAGUUUUGCUCCAAAAUUAAACAAGCAGAAAGAUUUAGCAGAUGCAAAUGAUACAUCUCUCAGUCACGAUCAUAUUCAUACAAUAGAUAAAGCAAUGUUAUGGAAAGAAAAAUAAGGGUACCAUCUAUGUGUGGGGAAGUAUACUGAAAGUAUUACUUUGAUACUUAUUGCAUUGCUAACACCAUAUUGAAAAUUGUCACCAAACAAUCCACAAUGAAGUCUUGUUUCUUGUAUCAUGAGAUUCUGUAACCUUUUAAUAGACAAAGGGGGUUUACUUGUUAAUAUUCUGUAAAUAAUGCUGCUAUUCUCCAAUGUUUAUGAAAGUCUGGAUCACUGUAAAUAAACCAGUCACACUUCUACUAACACAA